UGCUAGCCCGGCCAGCCGACUGGGCGGCUCCGCUCGGACCCGGGCCCUGGCGCGUCCGCGCGAUGGGAGCUGCUUUCCAGGGACUGAGCUUAUCAGCACCCUCGAUGGAACCUCGCUCUUGAAAGCAGGGAAGAGCCCUUGCCCAGACACUCUUUUUGCCCCAUCUUGGGGUCGCCUCCGUCUGUUGGGUCCUCAGUCUAGUUCGCUCAAGGAGCAGAACGGAUCAUGCUGGCGUCCGUGCUGGGGAGCUGCCCGCGGGGCGGGCUUCCACUCCGGCCCCUCUUGGGGUCCACACUCUCACUCCGAGCCCGGUCCACAUCAGCCACCGAUACACACCACGUAGAGAUGGCACGGGAACGCUCCAAGACCGUCACCUCCUUUUACAACCAAUCAGCCAUCGAUGUGGCAGCAGAAAAGCCCUCAGUCCGCCUCACUCCCACCAUGAUGCUCUAUUCUGGCCGAUCUCAGGAUGGCAGCCACCUUCUGAAAAGUGGCCGCUACCUGCAGCAAGAGCUGCCAGUGAGGAUUGCUCACCGGAUCAAGGGUUUCCGUAGCCUUCCUUUCAUCAUUGGCUGCAACCCCACUAUACUGCACGUGCAUGAGCUGUACAUCCGGGCCUUCCAGAAGCUGACGGACUUCCCUCCGAUCAAAGACCAGGCGGACGAAGCCCAGUAUUGUCAGUUGGUACGACAGCUGCUAGAUGACCACAAGGAUGUGGUGACCCUCUUAGCUGAGGGCCUGCGUGAGAGCCGGAAGCACAUAGAGGACGAAAAGCUGGUCAGAUACUUCUUGGACAAGACGCUGACUUCAAGGCUUGGGAUUCGUAUGCUGGCCACUCACCACUUGGCACUGCAUGAGGACAAGCCUGACUUUGUUGGCAUCAUCUGUACUCGUCUCUCACCAAAGAAGAUUAUUGAAAAGUGGGUGGACUUUGCCAGACGCUUGUGUGAGCACAAAUAUGGCAAUGCCCCCCGUGUGCGCAUCAAUGGACACGUCGCUGCCCGCUUCCCCUUCAUCCCUAUGCCUCUGGACUAUAUCUUGCCUGAGCUACUCAAGAAUGCCAUGAGAGCCACGAUGGAGAGUCACCUGGACACCCCAUACAAUGUCCCCGAUGUGGUCAUCACCAUCGCCAACAAUGAUAUUGAUCUGGUCAUCAGGAUUUCAGACCGAGGUGGCGGAAUUGCUCACAAAGACCUGGAUCGGGUCAUGGACUACCACUUCACCACAGCUGAGGCCAGCACCCAGGAUCCCCGGAUCAGCCCCCUCUUUGGCCACCUGGACAUGCACAGUGGCGGCCAGUCAGGACCCAUGCACGGCUUUGGCUUCGGGUUGCCCACAUCGAGGGCCUACGCAGAGUACCUUGGCGGGUCCCUGCAGCUUCAGUCCCUGCAGGGCAUCGGCACAGAUGUCUACCUGCGGCUUCGCCACAUCGAUGGCCGGGAGGAGAGCUUCCGAAUCUAACCCCAUGGCCUGUGGCCUGCCUGCCUGGGCUGGAUCCUUACUCCCUGCCAGGACCUUCGUGGUCAAGCAGGGGUUGCUCUGCCCCACAUAGUGUUGUAUCAGUCAAACAGACUGACUCACAUGGAGAAGGCAUCACUCACUCCUCCUCAGUGGGGCCCGCCGCUUCCUUUCCCUGGAGGUAGGGGAGGAAGAAGCGGAGACCCUGGAGGCCUCUAAUGCCAGCUCUGUCAUUCUCGCUCCUGGGGAAGCCCUACUCUGACCUGCUGUUUGUUAUUAAAGUUCUCAUUUUGAAUGCCCUUUUGGGCCCUGGUGUGGGGAAGGCAGGUGAACUUUUGUUUCUGCCUCUGUAGGUUUGCUGGGUCCUGUCUUAAGUCUCUAACUGCCCUUAGAGCCCAGCAUUGGCCCAGUGUUGAUUCCCUGUUUGGUUUGGCAGUAGGAUUGACUUUGGCAUUUUCGCUCAUCAUUUUCACAAACGUUUCUGGGUCCCAGACAUUCCUGGAGAAGCAAGGAAAGCUAGCUUCUGGUCAUAGUUCUGGUUCUUCCUGGAAGUGACAGAUUUUAGAGGUGAAGGUCACCAGACUGGCAACCUCCUGGGCCACCUGAUUCCUGAGGCUGCGUAAGAUUAAAAAUAACACCUGCUAGCUGUUUCUGCUGCUGCCAACAGAAGAAACACAAGGUUGUAUACUGGCCUACCCCAGCAGACUCAAGUGUCCCACUACAGGGGAAAGGACGGGGUGGGGGGGGCAUGCUGGAGGAGUUGAGCAAAAGGAAGUACAUAGAUGGUAGAUGGACUUAGGGUUAGAGGUUGAGCUUCUUGUGAGAAGUAUAACUCGCUGGGCACUGGUG